CCUACAAUACCUAACAGAAUAUUAGAUGAAAUAAGUUGCAUAAUUUGUCUGUUUAAUUUUAAUUUCACUUAUUGCUACAAAUCAUACAAUGGAACUUUUUAAACUGUCUGUUCUGGCAUUUGCCCUAUAUGCACAAUUGCAAACUGGUGUGUCAAGUGAGGACAUGGAUAUCUGGUCCCUGACGAACUGGCAGGGUGAUCCAGCAGAAAGCGAUUUCACUCUGCACAUUGAUGACCUGCUGAAGCACUCAAAAUCACAGCAGUUUCAUGGUUUAAUGGGCCGAAGCUUAGAAAUUUCUCAACCCCUGCAACUUGGUCAGAAAAGAAACAAUGGGGAGAUGUUUGUUGGACUAAUGGGGAAGAGAUCUUCACAGGGAGAUUUUGAAGAAGUACCAGACAAGCCACAGUAAUGCUAUAAUGCAAAAUGACUGGCUUUGCCUCAAUAUACAGUACUGUAUUGUGCUCCUAUCUAAUUUAUAUUAAAAAUAAAAUUUAAAAACCAUGCUACUUGUGACACCUUUUAUUUAUGUCACAAAAUUCAAUGUAAAAUAUAAAUGAAAUAAAUGUAAGUCGCUCUAGAUUGAGUGUCUCAUUUGUCUCAUUUCAAUGUGUUCUGCAACAGCUAUAUAUGGUUGAAAUGACAAUAAAAGCUUAUUGACUUGAAAUGCUGUAAAUGUAAUAAUCAAUGUCUUAAUAGAAUGCUUUAUUUAAGUC